UUUGCUGGAUUACCUAUGAUUGCAUGCGACAUUUCUCUCAUGGCCAAUCAAAUUUCUUACUGGCUUGGCGUUAUUGGACAAUCGCAUAAUAUUGAUACUGCAUGUAGUUCAAGUAACAAUGCUAUAGUGAAAGCUUACAAGCUGAUUCAGUCCGGAGAGUGCGACGCGGCCAUUAUCGCUUCCGCUCAUCUAUGCCUCCAUCCUCUUGUACAAUUUCACUUUUACCAUCUAGGGGUUUUAUCUUCUGAUGGUUACUGUAAACCCUUUGACGAGGAAGGUUCCGGAUAUAUGCGUAGUGAUACGGUCGCGGUAGUAUAUCUGCAAAAGGCAAGAAAUGCAAAAAGAAUAUAUGCAACCCUCGUAUAUGGUAAAAUAAAUUGCGAUGGUUUUAAAGUAGAAGGUGUUACCUUUCCAUCGGUCGAAAAGCAAAAAAUAUUGUUGAGUGAAUUUUAUAAGGAAUGUGAAAUCUCGCCCAAUGAGUUAUCUUACGUAGAGGCCCAUACAACUGGUACCCUUGCCGGUGAUCCCGUAGAAGUUAUGGCUAUUGACCAGGCUUUAUGCGCUAAAAGAAACACUGCUUUAUUAAUGGGCUCGGUAAAAUCGAAUCUUGGACAUUCCGAACCCGCUAGUGGCCUUUGUCAAAUCGCAAAGGUAUUAUCAGCGAUGGAAACUGGUAUAAUUACGCCUACUAUACACUUCAAGCGUCCGCGAAAAGAGUUAACUGCUAUUAUCGAAGGAAGAAUAAAGAUCGUCACUGAACCAACAGAAUGGGAGGGUGGUUAUGUAGGUAUCAAUACUUAUGGAUUUGGAGGAUCUAAUAGCCACAUAUUAUUAAAAUCAAAUCCUAAACAAAAAAUUAACAAUGGAGCUCCAAAUGAUGAUUUACCUAGGCUUGUAGCUGUGUCUGGACGUACGGAAGAAUCAGUUAAAAUCAUCUUAGAUGAUGUGCGAAAUCGACCAAUAGAUGCUGAGUUUAUAUCUCUGCUACAUCAUAUUCAUAAUGAUGAUAUAGAAGGUCAUCCUUACAGAGGAUACAUGAUAACUGGGUCUGAAAUAUCUCAUAAUACAAUUAAUAAAAUAGAACAUACUCCAUAUAUCAGAAGACCGAUUUGUUUUAUAUUUUCUGGAUUAGGAUCUCAAUGGUUUGGGAUGAGUAAGUAAUUAUAUUAUUAUGAAAUAUUUUAAAUGUA